UGUGUAGUAAUGCGUCACAAGACUGUUUUUGCAUAGGGCUUAGCCAAGGCUUUUGGAACCGCCCUCAGUUGCACCUUGUGCUAUAUUAGUACUUCUCAGACAGGAAGAAUUUUCUUUCGCUGGUGUAGCUGGUCCGGUUACUUUCAGGUGUAUAUCCAAGCCCUGCAUCCCUGGAUAUUGCUUACCACCUAUGCUGUUGUUCUAGGACAAAUUCAAGGACAGAAGAACUCAGAGUACCCUUAGGAAGAUUGGAUAACCAAGAAAUGCCUAAUCAAGACUCUGCUGUGCAUGUGAAAAUGAUGCCAGAAUUCCAGAGAAGUUCAGUUCGAAUCAAGAACCCAGCAAGAGUAGAAGAAAUUAUCUGCGGUCUUAUUAAGGGAGGAGCUGCCAAACUUCAGAUAAUAACAGACUUUGAUAUGACACUGAGUAGAUUUUCCUACGAAGGGAAAAGAUGCCCAACAUGUCAUUAUGUCAUUGACAACAGUAAGCUGGUUACAGAUGAAUGUCGGAAAAAGUUAAUGCAACUAAAGGAAAAAUAUUAUGCUAUUGAAAUUGAUCCUGUUCUUACCAUGGAAGAGAAGUACCCCUAUAUGGUAGAAUGGUAUACUAAAGCACAUGGCUUGCUUAUUGAACAGGCUUUACCAAAAGCUAAACUUAAAGAAAUCGUGGCAGAAUCUGAUGUUAUGCUCAAACUUGGGGUGCCUGGCUGGCUCAGUGGGAAGAAUGUGCGACUCCUGAUCUUGGGAUUGGAAGGGUAUGAGAAUUUCUUUGAUAAGCUCCAGCAAUACGGUAUCCCUGUGUUCAUAUUUUCGGCUGGUAUCGGUGAUAUACUAGAGGAGGUGAUCCAUCAAGCUGGCGUUUAUCACCCAAACAUCACAGUAGUGUCCAACUUCAUGGAUUUUGAUGACAAUGGGGUGCUCAAAGGAUUUAAAGGCGAACUAAUUCAUGUAUUUAACAAACAUGAUGGUGCCUUGAAGAACACAGAAUAUUUCAAUCGGCUAAAAGAUAAUAGCAAUAUAAUUCUGCUGGGAGAUUCCCAAGGAGAUAUAAGAAUGGCAGAUGGAGUAGCCAAUGUUGAACACAUCCUGAAAAUUGGAUAUCUAAAUGAUAGAGUGGAUGAGCUUUUAGAAAAGUACAUGGACUCUUACGAUAUUGUUCUAGUAAAAGAUGAAUCACUGGACGUAGCCAACUCUAUCUUACAGAAGAUUCUAUAAACAAGCAUUCUUCAAGAAGACCUCUGUGCUGUGGGUGCAAUUGAUGCAGGAACUGCUCACCUGUUCAUCUUGCUGAAAGACUUCUAUUUAUAAUACAUUCUUGCUCUUGAAGUUUUUUCUCUACAUUACUGAGGUAUUUUCAGACAUAUUGAAUCCAUCAACUGGAAACUCCUUUUUUCCUCACCUCUCUCAACACACUCAACUAUAUUUUUUAACAGUUAAAAAAAAAAAAAAAAAACCUUACAGGUAAAAUUUGAAAAAUAACUCCAUGAAUUAAUUUCCAGAGUGAAUUUUGUAGUUUAAUGUUAUCAUGAGGUUUUUGAGGAAACUUUUUACUCUGGGAAAAAAGUCUGUAUAAGUUUAAAAAGAAGUUUUAUGAAAUGGUGAAAUAAUGUGCAUGAUUUUAAGUGUUGCUGUUUUUGUCAUGUGGGUGAAUUAUGCUGAUGAUAUCACCAUCUCCUGAAAUUGUAUUAUGUUUGGUUAUUUUGUUCUUGAAAGUCAGUAUUUAUCAGAAAAUAAUGGCACUUGGUGUUUGAAAAACCAUUGGUAUCCACAUAUCACUAAUCAUUACAAAAUGUUCUAUAUUGAUGCACUGAUAAUACACAUGAAGUGAAAAGCCUUUUAAAUUGUACUGUCAAGACCAUUGUUGUUCAUUUAUUCAACAAAUAUUUAUUAAGCUC